ACUGAUGAGCAGGCGAUGUUGGAGGAUACUCAGGUUGCUCUGAUUGACCUUGAGAAAGUCACCUUCUACUUCAGACAGUUUGAAGGAGAACCCCUGGUGGCCAGGACGAUAUACUACAUGCCCGUGUCGUACACGGUGGAGGGGACCCGCCAGGCCCUGAAGGUCUGUUUCUACCUCUGUACCCUGAGUGUGACCCUGGAGCAGGCCACCCUAUUGGCUCAUAGCCACGGCCUGCCCCCACGAUGCAUCAUGCUGACUUUCUUCAUGGCGUCUCAACAGCAGUCAAGAAUUCAGUCUUAUCUGGAGAAAAAUAAAAUUGGACCGCUGUUUGAGGAGAUGAUGACCAGUCUGAUAAGCGAGACCCCAGAUCACCCUAUCCCUUUUCUCAUCAAUCACCUGCAGACCAAGCAAGGCAGCCCCGGCAAGCUGCACAGGACACUGUCGGGCUCCGCCGCUCUGUGGGCCCAGAGUGAUGCAGCAGAGAGUAAGGGAGGUCCUGACUUCAGGAGUUAUGAGAAGCCCUGGCAGAUCCACCCUGAGAAACCCAAGAAGUCUAAGAGUGAUCUGGCUGUGUCUAACAUCUCCCCUCCCUCGCCAGAAUCCAAGUCCUUGCCGCGGUCCAUACAGCACCCGUGGUGGGAGUGGAGGGAGAGCAGAGACUUAGAUCAACUCAACCACAUCCUGCAGGAGAGCAAGAAGCUGGGCAAGGCUCUGGAUAACCUGUCACACAGUAUCAUUGUUUCUGAUGAACUUGAUCAGGUAACUACUUACAACUGCGGGCAUAACUCAGUGAUGCAGCCCAGGGUGGUGGGGGAGUGGGUGGGCAGGGAGGAGGACCCAGACCCCCUGGCAGCAGAGAUGCUCCAACCCCCAGUCCCCAGGACCAAGACUGAGGGUUGGGGGAGCGCUGAUAGCAGCCCUGCCGGAAG